AUGUCUCGUGAAGUUGAUUCUUGGAAUGGUUUCCUUAAUGUUCCUUUGCAAGAGGAAGACAAAGACAUCUAUGAUUUAAUUCAAAAGGAGAAAUAUAGACAAUAUUCUGGUUUAGAACUAAUCGCUUCGGAGAACUUUACUUCCAUGUCGGUUAUGGAAGCCAAUGGGUCUCCGUUAACAAACAAAUAUUCUGAAGGUCUUCCUGGAGCCCGUUAUUAUGGUGGCAAUGAGUUUAUCGAUCAAAUCGAGAAUCUUUGUCGUAAACGAGCUCUACAGGCGUUUCAUUUAAGUCCCGAGGAAUGGGGCGUUAAUGUUCAACCUUAUUCCGGAAGUACCGCCAAUUUUGCGGCAUUGACAGCUUUGAUCCAGCCUCAUGAUCGUUUGAUGGGAUUAGACUUGCCUUCAGGAGGACAUUUAACACAUGGUUGGCAAACCUCUAAGAAGAAGAUAUCUACUUCUUCUAUAUAUUUUGAAUCUAUGCCAUACCGAGUCAACUCGGAAACAGGUUAUAUUGAUUAUGUUCGCCUUGAGGAAAAUGCUAGUCUCUUUCGCCCAAAAUUGAUUAUAUGCGGAGCCAGUGCGUACGCACGUGACUGGGAUUACGCUAAAUUGAGAAAGAUCGCCGAUCAACACGGCGCGUAUUUAAUGGCCGAUAUUGCUCAUACUAGUGGCUUAGUUGCCGGAAAAGAGGUCAAAAAUCCCUUCGAAUUAUGUGAUGUGGUUACAACUACUACUCAUAAAACUCUCCGAGGACCACGUGCGGGAUUAAUAUUUUUCCGUAAAAAGGAUGAUUUGGAAACUCGCGUCAAUAAUGCCGUGUUUCCUUCAUGUCAAGGAGGACCUCACAACAAUACUAUCGCAGCUAUCGCAGUUGCACUAAAACAAGCUGCUACCCCAGAAUUCCAACAAUAUGCUAAACAAGUAUGUGCUAAUGCUAAAGCUUUAGGUGAAGCACUUAUCGGUCAUGGUUAUAAAUUAGUUACUGGUGGUACGGAUAAUCAUAUUGUUCUCUUGGACUUGAAACCCCUUAAGCUUACCGGUAGUAAGAAUUCUAUUCCCGGUGAUGUCAACAUGUUGGCACCAGGUGGUGUACGUCUUGGAACUUCUGCGUUGACAUCAAGAAGUUUUAAGGAGCAAGAUUUCGUCAAAGUUGCAGAAUAUUUGCAUCGCGCUAUUCAAAUUGCUAUCUUUGUUCAGGUUUGA